AAGGGAGUAAAGAAGCACACAUUGCAUUUGCCAACCCCAUUUGUUUGAGUCAAUAAUAUUUCAUAUCACAAAUACAUACAAUAUUUUUCUUGUUAGAAUUAUAGAAGCAAAAGGCUUCUCUUCUCUUCUCUUAACUCAACCCAAAUGAAACUUCUUUGCUCCUCUCUUUCUUCAGCUUUUUCUUACUCCACCUUCCCACCUUGUUCAUGCAAGAUCCAAAGUCCUCCCAAGCAAGGUAUGCCAACAACGAAGCCUUGGUAUCAGAGAGCAAUGGAGAUGGCCAGCCUCUGGAAAACCAUUUCCAAGUCCACAGAGGUUCCACCAAGUCCUAAUAAUGCCACUAAUAAUCUAUGGAAAACCAUCUCCAAAUCCACAGAAAUUUCCACGCCAAAUGCUAAUUCCAAUACUAGAUCCUCACAAAAACUGAGGAAAUGUACUUCCCUCAAGGUGGCCACUUCCUUUACUAGGGUUUGUCUGUGUGCACCCAUUUCUUCCUACAAUGAGGUCUUUAGGGGUGACCAUCAGAUUAAUCCACCAAGAAGAAGCAAUAGUUAUCCGAGAUCGAGGCCUUCGUUGUCAUCGUCGUCGACGCAAGACAAUAUUAGGAUUCCAAGCGCGAGGCAUAGCACCGAAGUGAGGAGGGUUUUCAGGGGAAAGUCAUUGACGGAUGAUGUUUUAAUGAGAAGAUUUGUUAUUGAAGAAGCAAUGAUGCAAGUGAGGAGGAGGAACCAAAUGGAAGUGAUAAGGAGGAGAAAUAUGAUGAGAAGAAAGAAGCUCGGGCCUAGUCCUCUAAGGAGAAUGGUUAUGGCUCCAAAUGAUGAUGAUCAUGAAGAGGAAGUUUAACCCAUGAUGAUCAUGAUGAGAAAUU